AUGAACAACUCCAUCAUCGUCGUUAUUUGCUGCCUGGCCGUCGCAUCUGCCGCAAACUACUACGCUGAAUCACGAGCUUUAGAAACAACUCAAACGCCAAUCGAUACUGAACGUACCGAAGUGCCUCCAAGUUCGCCCGCCACGGACGAUCUGGCCGUUAAGGUGUACAGUUUCUUUUGCGAAGUGAAACACGAGGAAAGCAAGAACGAUUAUUCGCACGCUGAAUCAUCUGAUGGCAAGGUGGUUCAAGGAAAGUAUUACGUCCAGCUUCCCGACGGACGUCGUCAGACUGUCGAGUACGUGGCCGAUUCAAACGGAUACGUGCCUCAAGUGAAGUACGAAGGCGAGGCCAAGUAUCCCGAAUUCCAGCCUGCCCGUACAUCCCGAAUUGCAAGCUAUUAA